AUGAAGAAAGUGUUGAGCUUGAAGCAAGGAGCAAAUCUCCUCACCUGCGAGGGCUCAUCGGGGAAAGGUGGGACGAGAGUUGGAGCAAUCGAUGAAUCGAAAAUGGCAACAACAACGCCGGCCGAAACAAGUGUGACAAAGGAAAAGCCGAAGGACGUCUUCCCGAUGUUCAAGAAAGCCGUCAAAAGACCAGCCAGUGUUAAUGUUGAGGAAGCAGUCAAAAGACCAGCCCGUGUUGAUGUUGAAGAAUUCUUCAAAAGACCAGCCGGUGUUGAUGUUGAAGAAUCCGUCAAAAGACCAGCCAGUGUUGCUUUUGAAGAAGCCGUCAAAAGACCAGCCAGCGUUGAUGUUGAGGAAGCCGUGAAAAGACCAGCCAGUGUUGAUGUUGAAGAAGCCGUCAAAGGACCAGCCAGCGUUGAUGUUGAGGAAGCCGUGAAAAGACCAGCCAGUGCUGAUGUUGAAGAAUCCGUCAAAAGACCAGCCAGUGUUGCUUUUGAGAAAGCCGUCAAAAGACCAAUGAUGGAAGACGGAGAAAACAUGCCGCCUACCUCAUCAACUACUUUCACCCUCAUCAACUACUUGAAAGAACCUCAAUGGAAAGCCGGACUUAGCAACGAAUUUAAGGCGCCCUACAUGAAGAAAAUCGAAGAAUUUCUACAGAAACAAUAUAAAAUGCAAAUAAUAGUAAGGCCGCCAAAAGACGAGAUCUUCAAUGCCUUCAAUUUGACUCCACUGAACAAAGUGAAAGUGGUGAUCCUUGGACAAGAUCCCUAUCACGAUACAAAUCAGGCACACGGUUUGUCGUUUUCGGUAAAGAAAGGGGUCGCCAUCCCACCAUCGCUCGUCAACAUCUACAAGGAAUUAGCUGCAGAUAUCGAAGGUUUCAAUAUUCCAAAACACGGCAAUUUGUUGGGCUGGGCUACGCAAGGAGUUUUCAUGUUGAACGCGGCGCUUUCUGUCGAAGUACAUAAAGCUAACUCGCACUCGCAGAUUGGUUGGCACACUUUCACGGACAAGGUAAUCCAAUUUAUCUCGAAGAAUGUGAAACACUGCGUCUUCUUGCUUUGGGGCGCGUAUGCACAGAAAAAGGUCGAGCUGAUCGACAGAAAGCGACACACGGUGAUUAUGACAGCCCAUCCUUCACCGUUGAGUUGUCAUCGAGGUUUCACAGGGAGCCGAUGUUUCUCGAGAGCCAACCAGGCAUUGAAAGAUCACGGGAUGAAGCCGAUCGAUUGGAAUAAUUUGCCU